CUUGUUCUGAGCGAAACAUAACAGCUGUAAACAACAUCCCUGUUUCUUUCUUUUUGAUAUCCGGUUCAAGCAAUUGUCAUGGCACCCAGAAAGGCUAAAGUGCAAAAGGAGGAAGUCCAGGUCCAGUUGGGUCCUCAAGUACGUGAUGGCGAGAAUGUUUUUGGCGUUGCCCACAUCUAUGCCAGUUUUAACGAUACUUUCGUGCACGUCACUGACUUGUCCGGACGUGAAACCAUCGCUCGCGUCACUGGUGGCAUGAAGGUGAAGGCUGAUCGUGAUGAAGCUUCCCCCUACGCCGCUAUGUUGGCUGCACAGGAUGUUGCUGAGCGUUGUAAGGUUCUUGGCAUCACCGCCUUGCACAUCAAAUUGCGCGCCACUGGUGGCAACAAGACCAAGACCCCUGGACCUGGCGCCCAGUCGGCUCUUCGUGCUCUGGCUCGUUCAUCCAUGAAGAUUGGUCGCAUUGAGGAUGUUACUCCUAUCCCAUCGGAUUCUACCCGCAGGAAGGGCGGUCGUCGUGGUCGUCGUCUGUAAAGCGCUCAUAAUUUUAUAUUGUUUUUGUUGUGCAUAUGAACGAAAAAAUAUAUAAAAGGCGCUAAUGUUUACAUAA